AUGUCAUGUCCUUCAUGGUGGCUGUACCUCGUGCCUUGCCCAGCACCUAACUCACUGACUAACCAAGAGGCUAACCUAGCACGUAACCAAACUGCUUACCUAGCACUUAACCAAGAGGCUUACCUAGCACCUAACCAAACUGCUUACCUAGCACCUAACCAAGAGGCUUACCUAGCACCUAACCAAACGGCUGACCUAGUACAUAACCAAGUGGCUUACCUAGUACACUACCAAGAGGCUAACCUAGCACCUAUCCUAAGAUGUAACCUACUCGCUGCUUUGUCAUCUCCCUCCUCCCUCUGUCGCCUUGCCUGGAUUGAGGCUGCGGACGAAGCCGUUCAGGCGGCUAAGGAGAAGGCGGAAAACGUACAUGGGAGGUUGGAUCAUAGUGAUAAUAAUGGUAGUCCGAAGACACAGAUUGGCCAAGGAGUUAAGCAAAUUAAUGAGGCUAAGGACAAAGUUAAGCAAGUUGAUGACGCGCUUCAAGCUGUUCACACCGAUUUAGGUAACUGGAAAUCUGCGGCAAACAGUGUCCUUGACUCAGCGGUUAAGAAUGCUGGACAGGUGCGUGAGAAGUUGAACCCAGAUGGUUCAGAUGUAAUUGGUGAGAACAUUAAAAGUAUUGAAGAGGCAAAAAACAAUAUUGUUACUGCAAAUUCACAACUGAAAACACAAGUCGACAGUCUGCAUUCUUGGAUCGACACCGCCGAGGAUAUCCGUGCAAAGGCUGAGAGAAAGGCCAAGGAAGCCUAUGAUAAGUUGGAACCUCAUGAAGCUUUGAGUAAGCAAAUCGGAGAGAUUGUGACAGCGAAUAAGAAAAUUAACGAAGUUCAUAAAAGUAUGCAGGGUGUUAGUAAAAAUCUGGGGGAGUGGAAGUCUGAGGCCGGGACAGUGCUUGACGAAGCGGUAAAAAAGGCGACGGAAGUGCAUGAUGCGUUAGAUACUGAUCAAAAAAGUGACGCUGUAGGCCAUCCUGUUGGGUAUAAUAUACAGCAAAUUAGCACACACAACAACUUAAUUAAAGAAGCAAAUAACACUCUCGCCACUGAAGUCACGGCUUUAGGGAGUUGGCACAAGGCGGCGCAACAGAUUGUUUCCAAGGCGCAGCAUAAAUCUCAAGAAAUUUUGGAUAGAGUUCUUAAGGACAACGGUGAUCAAACGGUUAUUGGUGAGAAUGCUAGCAAGUUGAAAGAAAAAGCUGAGAACCUUUUGACUGCCUACAGCCAGGCGCAUGGGAAUGUUACUGGUUUAGUAAGUAAAGUUACUGAGGCCGUUAAAGAUUUGGAAGCCGGCAUGAAAGAUGAUUUGCGGAGGCUGCAAAAGGAUAUUGUGAACAGUAUGAAAAAGCAUGUUGGUGAGAUGCUUGGCGAAAUUAAAACGCAAGUGCAGGUGAUUAAGGGGAAGGAUAGUAGUGAUUGGAGUAGCAGCGGAAAAACUCUAAGUGGUCUGGAUGGCAUUGUCCACGGUUUGGUUAACAGCUAUGCUAACGAGUUCAAGAAUAAUUUCGCGAAUAUUGCAAAGGGCUGGCUGGAGGCCACCAUAUUGGAGCACAAUGGCACCGUGCGGAGGAUACUCGGGUGGAAGCAUGGGCAUAAUAUGACGGGCAGCAUUGAGCAGUUUGGCAUUGGAAUGAAAGAGAAGCUUAAUGAAGAUGUUACUAGUGUAGCCAAAGAGGCGUUCCAAUCUGUUAAUACCGUCAGUGGCGGCAUCACUAAAAGUAUUGAAGCUGUCCAAAGGCUUUGCAAUGGAUUUGCCAACGCGCUGGAUAAAGAGCUUUAUACUGCUGAACGAAAAACAGUCGACUAUGUAAAGGAAAAGGCGUUGAACGUGGGACGGCUCGUCGCCAAUAUUAAAAAUUGCGUCUGCGAGUGCGACGCACAAUGCACAAAAUGCAAAAAUGGAGAGUGUGGCAAAAAAGCCGCCGCGGAAUUGAUAAUGUGCGCGCUCACCUCUACAGUGAGACAGGUCGGCAACGAGCUUCAUUCUGUAUUUCUAUACGGCGACAGGAUUGGUCAAAACAGCGGUACAAGCAUCGCACAGGAAUUGGACAAAGUGGUUGAGGAGACUCAGAAGCUUCACAAGAAUCUAGGAGACGCGGAAAAUGAGACGAAAAAACAACCGCCCGGUCCCCCUGCCGGCAACCAGGACAAUGGAAUUUUGAACAAAGUUAAGGGGGUUGAGCAGCAGGUUAAAAGUGCGAUGAAGGAAACGACGAGCAUUGAUGAGAACUUCAAACAAAUCAUGCCACUUUAUGAAGCGGCGAAGGGUGAAAACGGUGUCGGUGACCAUAAAUAUCACAAUUUGCUGAAAACUGAUAUCCCCAACGCACUUAAGGACUUUGCGCCUCAUGUCGACAACGGAAAGAAUGAAGGAAUCAUAAAACAAAAAACAGAAGAAAUUAAAAAACAUCUCUCCACAAUAGACGGAGAACUGCAAGAAAUCGCCGGGAUGGUCCAGCACGAAAAGAAGCAGCUGCCACAAGGCCAAAAGCCAGACGGCGUCAAGGAUUACCUGGGGGACUUGAGAGGGAUGGUUACUCAGAAAGAUGGUGAGCAUAGUAUUUCCUCCAAGCUGGAUGAUGGAAAUAUUAAGAAAGAAGUCCAAGGCCUCCAAGCAAUUCAGUCCAAGAUCCACGGCCUGCAAACAGGGACGUUCAAAGAGAAACCCGGCGAAAUCGACUCAGCCGUCGAGCAAAUUAAGGCGCAGCUUGGCACUAUCAGAACCACGCUGCAAAAUGAAAAUGGAGCAACAGAUCAAGAUGUCAUCAAAAGACUGCAAUAUAUGAAAGUCACUGGGCUUGGUGACAGUGACACUGCAAAAUGGAAAGUUGGACAAAAUGAUGUUAAUGGUCUCGGGAAUAUUAAGAGUGACCUUGAAAAGCAGAAUAAGCAACUGGGCGAGCAAAACAAGAUUAUUGGAGAUGCUGUAAGAAAAAUUCAGUUGCAACUUAGAUAUCUUGGAUUCAAGUUGGACCAUGACUUCGUCCCCGAUGACAUCAUGGAUCAAUUGCAAAAAUUAAAAAGUGAGAUUGAUAAAGGUGGAAAAGGAGGACUGCAGAAAAUUCAUGACGUGAUAAGUGGACUACAAAAAGGGGAAUUUACUUCGAACCCCAAAGCCAUCGGAGAAGCCAACGAGGCAAUCAAAGCGGAACUCAAAGCGCAGAUGAGCGCGCUGGACAGUGAUGUCAUUGAGACGCUGACCAAUUUGAUGACCAAAGGGAUGAGUGAACAGGCAAGUUGGAAGCAAGAUAAAAAUGUAAAUGGUUUUCAAAAAAUCCAAAAUGAUCUUAACACUCAACAAAGUGAGUUGUCCACUCAGCCCACUGCAAUCGGCAGUGGCGUUCAGAAGAUCACCAGCGAGCUUGACGAGCUGAGGAAGCAGUUGCAGGGUGAGCAAGGCGCUGACCCAAAUGAAAGAGGCGUGAUAAGGAAUAUGGAAUUUGUGAUAGAGAAGAUUGGUAAGGACAAAAAUGAAGGUCUUGAGAAAAUCAAGAAAGAGAUUGAAGAUCUCAACAGGGAUACAGUCCCUGACAUCAACAAAUUCCUUGGUGAACUGUGCGCCAAGAUUGCGAGCGAAGCCGGUAGUGUGGAUUGGAAGUUGGGGCUUUUCAAAGAGAAUGACAUCGACAAAGACCUCGAAAAAAUCAAGUCACAAAUUGACACCCUCCGCACCGGUGACCUCCACAAGGCCAUCGCCAUGUGCGACAAGUUCCUCACCAACGCCGAUUACAUAAAAUGGGAGAAAGUAGAAAACAUUGAACGCUUCGUAGACAGUGAGAUUGAAAAGGCAAUCGCGGAGCUCAGCAAGCAGGCGCGGCGGGACUACGUGGAGUCCGCGAAGGACGCGCUGAAACACUUCGCCGCCAAGGUGGCCGAGGAGCUGGGGGAGCUGCCUGAGGAGAUAAACAGGGAUCUCUUCAUGGGCUACAAGGGCCUCAUGAAGCAGAUGGAGGGUGAGCGCAGCGAAAACAUUAAUAGGCUAAGGAACGUGCAGAGCAGAAUGCUCCGAGCAUUGUCCUCCGCGUUCCAGAAUUUCUUCGCGCCGCUCGACGAGUAUCUCCGUAAGGAGAUUGAGAGAGUGAAGAAGCAGAGUGACGACGAAAAGAAUCCCUCACUGCCGAAGUCGGAAGAGCCCUACGCCGCCGAGUGGGACGCCGUGCACAGCGAUGUCAACGCCCUGCUCAAUUACCUCUGCGUGACGCAGGGCUUCGACGACAGGCUGCGAGGCCUGCUCCACAACCUCACCGACGCGCUCACACAGCUGAGGCCGCAGGGCUUCCAGAAGCCCUCCACUCCCACGCUGGACUCCGUGAGCAGGGGACUCAGUGCCUUCGUCGGGGAGUUCGGCGGUGCGUACGUCUCUCGCUACUCGGGCGCGGAGUGCCGGGAGGCGGACGCCGACAAGUACGCCAAGGUGUUGCUGAGCUUCACCCCGAUGGUGCACGAGGCGCUUAGCAACUUGGCAGAGAAAUGCGGCACCAACUGGCGAAGCUAUAAGAUAUGCAAGCUCACCCCCGACGGGAGGGACAACGGCCUGGGCAACUACCUCACCAAAUGCGGCUUCAAGGUGUCACCCACCGACGGACUCCAGGAGGGGGAGUUGCAAAACCACGGCGACAUGAACGGUGAGCAGAUUCAUGCAUUGCUUAAAUCACCAGUUGAUGUGACCACCAAAAUGCUGAUCGACGGCAAGCGUGCGGAAAACGGAAUUAAUGUUGUCGACUUAGUUGCGCUUUUCUAUAACAUGGUCUGUCGCUACCUCCAGGCAUGCCACCUUAAGGUGCACGAAUCGCCCAGGUACCCCUGCACGGUGAGGGACAUGUUGUCUUGGCUCUCCGGCCUGCAGUACACUCCGGUGGCGGACAAACUGCCUGACCACUGCAGGGCGUUGCUCAACCGCAAGUGCGACGAUAACGAUGCCCCCAACAGGGGCGACGAUGUCAUGGCACAGUGCAUCAACGGCCUGCCGUUCACUAUCGCAGAAGCGUGUUCACACGCCGACUCGCUGCUCAUCGCAAUCCAGGGCCACGGCCGCGGCUUUGACCUCGCCGCCUAUCCCUACUCCGUCGACUUCGCCAACAACACCGCACAGCUGUACUACCCGGACGACCCCGCCGAGGUGCUGGAUAUGUUGAGGGGCAUAGUAUGCCGCCUGUGCUCAGUGCUCUACUUCCUCUACGCCCAGUGCUGCCGUGCCACCGCCACAACCAAGGGAUGGCGGGAGUGCCGCUACGGCCGGCAGGUGCCGUCCUCCCACUGGCAGUGUAACACACUUGGCAAGGAGGCCACCGACGCAAGUCACAACUGCCCGCCCACAUCUCCGCUGCAGUCGUUCCUCACAGACAGCUGUCCCAGCCUCCUGCCGCAUAAGCUCAGUGUAGUUGACAAUGCCAUCGAAUGCGUCGACUGCCCUGCCAACCUACCAGGCCAACAGUGCCUCACCCCGCUCGGCUUCUGGGACCUUGGCCUCGCUGCCUCAGUAGAGCGCACCGGCAGGGAACUUGCGAAGUCACUCGGCCGUCUCUGCAGUGACGCCGACGCCUGCCUCUUCCAACUCUGCCGAACGCUGCGCUUGCUGUGCCCCUCAGCACCGCAGUCACUCGGCGACGUGUUCGCGCUGUUCUUCCAAAUGCUCAGAGUGUGGGAUCACGAAUCGUCCCGGCGUGCGUACUCUCACCAUGAGAGUUACCUAACGCAUCUGAACGGUGAGGCCAUCGACGGACUCUUCCCACUCUGGCCGCAGCUCCACGGCGGCUACCGCAACGCCGACCUCACCGACGCGCUCAAGGCACUCGCCGGGCACGACCAUGACAACUCAGGGCACAAUGCCCUCUCAAGCCUCUCCGCCGAGCCGCCUUGUCAAUCACCCAGUGGAUGCGCCCCCUUCCUCCAGCCGCUGGCGCUGCACGCCAACCACACCUUCCCGCAGAAGCACGCACAGCUGUAUGUCUCGUGGAUAGUGUGGCUGGCAUGGCAGCUGUGGGAGCUGCUGGAGUCCCUGCUGGACGCCUUGAACAACAUCGACUGCACGGCCCACGGCUGUGCCACGUGCCUCUGUCAGCCAAGCAACCACAACGACAAGGACUCCUGCCACUGCCCGUCACUCGUCGAAUGUGGCGGACCUCUGCCGACACUCUACCGCUACGGAUUCACAUACCGCAACGCCCACGUCCUGCUCGCCGGCAGCCAGAAGAUACGGUGCAGUGACCUCAACGACCAACUCACCAAGGCACUCCACUCCGACCACUUCACUCAACUGUUCCACCAGAUCGACCAACUCCUCUACACCAUCCGUAUGCCCUUCCUCUUCGCCAUCACAGCGCUCUGGCUCAUCGCCGCGCUCUACAUCCUCCACUCACUCCUCUACCGCAUGGACGUCCUCCGCAUACGAUCUCACCUCCUCACCACCAGGGCCUCCCACCAAGUCGACGUCAAGGCCUUACUCGCCGGCAGCCGCAGGAUGCUCUCGCUCUACAAGGACUGGAUUGAGGCUGCGGACGCCGCCGUUAACGCGGCUAAGGAGAAGGCGGAAGAUGUACACAGGAGGUUGGAUCAUAAUAAAAAAGACCAACAUGGUGGGACAACGAUUGGCCAAAAUAUAGAGAACAUUAAGCAAGCUAAAGACAAAGUUAAGCAAGUUGAUGGUCAGUUGAAACGUAUUCACAGUGAUUUAGGUAACUGGAAAAAUGCGGCAAGUGACGUCCUUGACUCAGCGGUUAAGAAGGCGACGGAAGUCCAUGGCAAGUUGGAUCCUGAUAAAAGUAAGUCGACGCUUGGUGGUAAAAUCGGAGAAAUUGAAGACGCAAAAAACAACAUUAUUAGCGCAAAUUCACAACUGAAAACACAAGUCGACAGUCUGCGUUCUUGGAUCACCACGGCGGAUGGUAUCCGUCAAAAGGCGCAGGAAAAAGCGGAAGAGGCUUAUAAAAAGUUAAAACCUCAUGAGGCUCUGACCCAAAAAAUCGGAGAGAUUAUGAAUGCUAAUAAGAGAAUUGAGAGCGUGCAUACUGAGCUGGGAAAGGUUCAUAGCAAUUUGGGAGCGUGGAAGACUCAGGCCAGGAGUGUGCUUCAAGGGGCGAUUGACAAGGCGACGGAAGUUUGGACAGCGUUGGAUGAUAAGAAUGAUGAUCAACAUCCUGUCGCUCAAAACAUUAAUAAAAUUAGCUCACAUAAUUCUGAAACCCAGAAGGCAAAUACACAACUCGCCGGACAUGUCAAGAGUUUGAAUGAUUGGAACUCCGCCGCCCAGAAUGUUAUUACCAAGGCUGAGCAGAAGUGUGAGGAGAUACUGAAGAGGGUUGAUAAGGAUCAUAAAGAUUAUAAAGGAGGAAAGAAUGGCCCUGUGAUUUAUACGCAGGCUGAAAAGUUACAAAAUGAAGGUAAAAGACUUUUGCAGGCUGCGACUGAUGCUAAAAAGGCUGUUGAGUCUAAAGUCGGUGACGCACUGAACGCUGUUGUGGAAAUGGACACAUCUCUCAAGAAGGAUUUGAAGGAGGUGAAAGAUAAGAUUAAAUUGGGGAUGCAGAAUGUGAUUGAGCAGUUGGAAGUUAAUAAGUUGGAUCAGAAGGUGAGAGAUGAUUUGAAGAGUUUGAAGGGGAAUAUCAUGAAGCUUAACCAGCAGGUUAAAGAUGAUGACUCAGAUGAUAAUAUAGUUGGUGGGCAAUUGAAGGCGCUUAAAACGCAAAAGACUAUUUUAGAUAAUACUACUAGCAAGGAACAUGGUUCAAUCGCGAGGGAGACUGGAUUGCUUGAAAGUAAGUUUCAGACCGCGAUCCAAGGGCCGCUUAACAAAAAAGUCAAAGCAGUUGACACGGCGAUUGGGAAGCUUGGCGGGAAGUUUACUGGGAUCCAAAGCGAGGAGGACAAAAGGACAAUUGCAGGUAUUUUCGAGCAUAUUAAAGGAAAGGUUGGGAAGAUUAAGGGGGAGUCAGGGCAAAAAAAGAGUAAAUGGUAUCUUGAAGAUGGUUCAGGUCUCCUUGGCAUUGAGGGUGCGAUAAAUCAUUAUUUUGAGGCGUUUUCCACUGGGCAUGAUUUUAAAUGGAAAAUAGUUAAAGGCUGGCUGGAUGAUAUGUUGCCGCACAACGGCGUGGUGAAAAAGAUACUUAAGGGGCUAGGGUGGGAUGAGAAGAGAGGCGAUUUUCUGCCGACUGCGUUUAAUGUGAACCAUAGUCUGACGGAGAAAAUUAGGGACACGCAGAAUCUUAGCACAGAAAUUCAGAAAGGCGUUGACGUGUUCAAAGGUCAACAAUCCACCGCCGGCAUUCAAGAAAAAAUUAAAGCUGUCAAAACAGCCUGCGAGACGUUCGCUGACGCUCUGGAUGAGAAGCUCAAGAACUCGGGAAAUGGAAUAGUCUCUGAGGUUAAGGGUGUGGAGGGGCUGAAGAAAAGCGGCGUCCAAGACCCCAAAUGCAUCUGCGACUGCUAUAAUUGCAACUACUAUGGUGGAGAAGGGUGUGCCAAGAAAGCUGCCGCCGAAUUGAUCAUGUGCGCACUCACCGCUGUGUCCCGGCAGGUGGGCAAGGAGGUUGAUUCCCUUAUGCUCGCCGACUACAGGAUGGGCGGCAAGGGCAGUAAUAUGAACAUCGCAAAGGCGUUGGAUCAAGCUGUUGCAGCGACAAACAAGCUUCACGGUCAGCUCACCGCGGCGACUGCUACCAACCAAGGCACCGACCCAAAUGUAAGCCCCGCCCAAGCCGUGGACAAGAGGUUGGAGGCAGUGAGGGAUGAGGUGAAUACCAACAUUACGAAUAAGUUUAAAAGCAAUGUAAUAAACCAACUUGAGAUUGAGGUCAAGAAACUUCCCGACGCCGUUAAAGAGUUCGACGAGAAAGCUAAGGAGCAGAUCAGGGCUGCGGCAAAUACGGCGAUUCAGCAGGCGGCUGGGCAGAUUAGUAAGAGCCAGGGUAAAAUAGAGUUUAGUAGGGAUUUCAUGAACAAAUUCGAUGAGACCCACAAGACAAUCAUUGACCCCCGUGAUGGCCUCGAGUCACAACUCAAGAAGCAAGUUGAGAAUCACAUUGGGCAGAAUGAUCCGACAAGUGGUCAAGGUGGUAAAGCAGCUGAGAAAAUCACAAUCACUGAAGAUAAUUUUAGAAAUUACAACGAUCACGUUAAACAAGAUCAUUCUAACCUAAAGAAUGGUAAUCUACAAGGCAUUGAUAAGGAAGGCAAACUUCCACUGGCGAUCGGGGACAUCAAGACUCAGGGUCUGGCGGCGCUUGAAAAGCAUAUCGGUGAUAAACCCACAGAAAAGAUAGACGAUGAUACAUUCACCGGCCCGUUCGACAAAAUUCAGAAAGAGCUUGAAGAGAUCACGAACUUGAUUAGUGACACAAGGGCAGGAUACCUUGGUGAAUCCGUCACAAAUGGAAGUGGCCUCAAAAACCUGUUUAAAAAUCUUAAAAGUGCGCUUGAUCAAGGCAAGUUAGAUGGAACUGAUAAAGGCCUCGACGCAAUCAGGGAGGCGAUUAACGGUCUUCAAAGCAAUGCGUUUACUACAGGACCCGAUGAAAUCGAGAAAGCCGGCCGAGAAAUUAAGACGCAGCUUGAAGAACUUAGAGGGAAGUUGAAGAAAGACGGUGAUAGUGAUAAAACUGCCGUUGUCAACGCUUUGCAAGAUUUGAAAGAGAAGGGGCUUGGUGGCCAUUGGACGGACAAUAAUAAUGGAGAUUGGAAAGGUACAAAAGGUUUAACAGCAAUACAACACCGACUUGAAAUUCAAAAUGCUGAAUUGCCCAGACAAACCAAACAAAUAACCAAAGCAAUUGUCAACAUUAAAUGGGAGCUUGCAAAAGUCGGACUCAAGUUUCAAAAUAUAUUCACCGACAAUGUCAUCUUUGACCGGUUGGAAAAACUGAAAGAGAAGAUUGGUCAAGGUAAAAAAAAUGGUGACCACCUUCAAGGAAUUCAUGACGUGAUUAGUCAGCUGCAAAAGGCGCAAUUUACUGAUCAUCCCAAUCAAAUCGGCAGCGCAAAGGACCAAAUUGCAAGUGAACUUAAUACCCUCAGAACUACGCUGGAAAGCAAAAACGGGGAGGAUGUCAUUACCACGCUGACCGAUUUACAGACCAAGGGGCUGAGUGACAAUCGGUGGGAUGAGAAAAAUGUAAAUGGUUUUCAAAAAAUCCAAAAUGAUCUUAACACUCAACAAAGGACGUUGACCACACAGCCCGAACAAAUUAACCAAGGCGUCAACCAGAUCACCAGGGAGCUUACAGAGCUGAGGACUGAGUUGCAGGGUAAGGAUGACACUGAGCCAAAAGAAAGAGGCGUGAUAAAGAAUAUGGAAUUUAUGAUUAAGAAGAUUGGUGAGGACAAAAAUGAAGGUCUUGAAAAAAUCAAGAAAGACAUUGCCACCCUCAAUAAGGACACAGUCCCUGACAUCAACAAAUUCCUUGGUGAACUGUGCGCCAAGAUUGCGAGCGAAGCCGGUAGUGUGGAUUGGAAGUUGGGGCUUUUCAAAGAGAAUAACAUCGACAAAGACCUCGAAAAAAUCAAGUCACAAAUUGACACCCUCCGCAUAGAUGACCUCCACAAGGCCAUCGCCAUGUGCGACAAUUUCCUAACCAACGCCGUUUACAUAAAAUGGGAGAAAGUAGAAAACAUUGAACGCUUCGUAGACAGUGAGAUUGAAAAGGCAAUCGCGGAGCUCAGCAAGCAGGCGCGGCGGGACUACGUGGAGUCCGCGAAGGACGCGCUGAAACACUUCGCCGCCAAGGCGUCCGAGGAGCUGGGGGAGCUGCCUGAGGAGAUAAACAGGGAUCUCUUCGUGGGCUUCAAGGGCUUCAUGAGGCAGAUGGAGGGUGAGCGCAGCGAAAACAUUAAUAGGCUAAGGAACGUGCAGAGCAGAAUGCUCCGAGCAUUGUCCUCCGCGUUCCAGAAUUUCUUCGCGCCGCUCGACGAGUAUCUCCGUAAGGAGAUUGAGAGAGUGAAGAAGCAGAGUGACGACGAAAAGAAUCCCUCACUGCCGAAGUCGGAAGAGCCCUACGCCGCCGAGUGGGACGCCGUGCACAGCGAUGUCAACGCCCUGCUCAAUUACCUCUGCGUGACGCAGGGCUUCGACGACAGGCUGCGAGGCCUGCUCCACAACCUCACCGACGCGCUCACACAGCUGAGGCCGCAGGGCUUCCAGAAGCCCUCCGCUCCCACGCUGGGCUCCGUGAGCAGGGGACUCAGUGCCUUCACCGCUGAGUUCGGCGAUGCUUACAUCUCCACUUACUCGGGCGCAGAGUGCCGGGAGACGGACGCCGACAAGUACGCCAAGGUGUUGCUGAGCUUGAUCCCGAUGACGCACGAGGCGCUUACCAAUUUGGCAGACAAAUGCGGCACCAACUGGAAGAGCAACAAAAUAUGCAAGCUCACCGGCGACGACAGGGACAACGGCCUGGGCAACUACCUCACCAAAUGCGGCUUCAAGGUGUCACCCACCGACGGACUCCAGGAGGGGGAGUUGCAAAAUCGUUUUUCGGGCGGCGCAGUUCAUGAGCUACUUGCAUCCCCAGUGGCCGAAGUGACCACCAAAAUGCUGAUCGACGGCAAGCCUGCGGAAAACGGAAUUAAUGUUGUCGACUUAGUUGCGCUUUUCUAUAACAUGCUUUGUCGCUACCUCCAGGUCUGCCACCUUAAAGUACACGAAUCGCCCAGGUACCCCUGCACGGUGAGGGACAUGUUGUCUUGGCUCUCAGGCCUGCAGUACACUCCGGUGGCGGACAAACUGCCUGACCACUGCAGGGCGUUGCUCAACCGCAAGUGCGACGAUAACGAUGCCCCCAACAGGGACGACGCUGUCAUGGCACAGUGCAUCAACGGCCUGCCCUACACUAUCGCAGAAGCGUGUUCACACGCCGACUUGCUGCUCAUCGCAAUCCAGGGCCACGGCCGCGGCUUUGACCUCGCCGCCUAUCCCUACUCCGUCGACUUCGCCAACAACACCGCACAGCUCCACUACCCGGCCGACCCCGACGAGCUGCUGGAGAUGAUGAGACGGAUAAUAUGCCGCCUGUGUCGCGUCCUGUAUUUCCUCUACGCCCAGUGCUGCCGUGCCACCGCCACAACCAAGGGCUGGCGGGAGUGCCACUACGGUCGGCAGGUGCCGUCCUCCCACUGGCAGUGUAACACCUUCGACAGGCAGGCCACCGACGCAAGUCACAACUGCCCGCCCACAUCUCCGCUGCAGUCGUUCCUCACAGACAGCUGUCCCAGCCUCCUGCCGCAUAAGCUUACCGUACUGACAAUGCCAUCGAAUGCGUCGACUGCCCCGCCAACCAACCAGGCCAGCAGUGCCUCACCCCGCUCGGCUUCUGGGACCUUGGCCUCGCUGCCUCAGUAG